UUCCAUACUUCGUGACAUGUGAUGGUGAUUCAUUUCGUUGGAAUCAUUCACAAACUGAACUGCAUGCAACUUGCAGCUAUCCUUCAUCCAUGCACCUAUUUUCAUGUAGGCCUACUGCACUGUAUAUGCGGCACUGGACUGCUUCACACCUCGGAAGUAAUAUCUAGCCUUUAUUCUCUUGAGGUAUUACUGGAGAAGUAAGGUAUAUAGGUAACACACUGUGGCACAAACUUAUGGACAACGAUGUAGUCCCGUUGUAUUUGCGAAACUAUUAGGAAUUAACUUUAUAGUAAAAUUCUUUGUUCCCGGCUAUACUCAUCUCGAUUAAAAUGCAAAUCGAAGCAGGUUACUGAGAAUUGGUCAGCCAGAAUGACUAAAAUGGAUCCUUUUUGCAACUUCUGUCGGAUAUCCACGAGUGAUUUUUCUGUGCAAAUUAUGUGAAAAUUACACUCGUUCUGAGAAUCGUUUGUAUUUCCUAAAACACAAACGAUUUGUAAUGCCUAUAUACUGGUGGAGUCUGCUUGUUUUAAACAUACAGCAAUGGACGAAGCCUUGGAUGAGUUGGAAGACAAUAAGCCAAACAACGAGCAACCAAAAGUUGGCAUUUCGGGGAGAAACAAUCCUCCUUUGGGCAUUGCAGAAGACACGCCCAUUGAUGAAAGGAACUUGAAGCGAAUACAAGAAUUGGAAAAUGAAGUGAAAGAGCUACGGCCUCUGGUUGAGGAAAAUCAGCGGCUACAGCGAUGUGUGAGAGGAGUCAAAGUAGUAGGUCGUGCGUUACAAGAAGCAAAGAAAGAAGUGAAGUUACUUCGUGGACAAGUCAAGGAGGAUAAAGGCUGUGAUGCUACCAUGCAACCUGAUGGUAUCAGUACUGAUGGCAAUGAGGGCGCUAUUCAAGAUAGCUCAUACAUAAUGCCGUACAUCAUGGUACCUCCGAACAAUGACGUCAUAUCUAACGUAGAAAACACUCCCACAGUGGCGUAUCUUGAAGAACCACGGAAAAUACAUCUAUUAGGUGAAAAACAUUGUGAUCAGGGUGCAGACCAGGACAUGGGGAAAUGCGAGAGUUUUCACAAACAAAAACCUGUCGAAAUCAAAGCUGACACGGGAAAGACACCAGAAGCAAAACAGACAAGCGAAAGUACGAUACCGUCUGAAGAUGAUAACAAAGCAAAGACAACGGCAGAGGCUGAGCAACAAACUGAAGACGUUGCUGCUGUUGAAGAUUUGUUUGAAGAACUAUAUCCCCCUUCUGUCAAGACCACGCUCCAUGACGUCGCUGCAUCAGGUGUGAUGAAAUCUGUAGGAACAAUAACUGAUGGUGGAGACACUUUUCUGGCAAAGAGUCGUGCCUUGCAUGGGCAAUCCGACCUACAGAUGCAAAUCAAGGAGCUUAAGAAGGUCAACCUGGAUUGGGGGAAAUCUUACAAGCAGCAAAAAUCGACUUGGAUGGCUCAGUUGGAAGAUAAAGAUAAGAAGAUCAUGGAACUCCAGAAGGAACUUGAGAAUGCACGUCCUGACGCGGAGAGGAAAGCAAGUCAGUAUGAUCAAAUGCUUCUGACGGCAAAGACACGCAUCGAUAAAACGGAGGAGCAUAACAAGGAGCUACAAUCCCAGCUUGAUGUCGAGAGAAACCGGAACGACAAGUCGGAUCAGCUGAGCCGAAACUUGGCCAAACAGAAUCAGAACAUGGCUGAGGAAAUUAUGCGUCUUAAGGAGGCUCUUGAAAGAAAACUCCAGCAGAAAGUCAAACAGUCUCACUCGCCACCAGUUGAACAGCCGGUCAACCCUCUGCAGAGUACAUCACCUGAAACUGGCAAGGAAGGGUUUCCAUUUCCUCGCGCCGAGGCUAAUCAGAAGGCGUCACAAUCCCCCACUCCAUCUCCCCCAGCAGUUACCCAAGGUGGUGCCUUUGCACCAUUGCCCCUCGUUGCACCAGCAGAUGAGGUGCCAGCAGCAACAAGAUCGAAACAUGGACCCCCUACCCCAUACACACCUUACCUGCACGGAGAUGUACCAGCAUCAGCACAAAAAGGUGCCAUGGAAAAACAAGACAGAGGCAUCACUGACAAAAGUUACAGCAAGGAAGAAUUGAAGGAGCAGGUUGAGUUGCUUCGGCAACAGAAUAAGAUGUUCCACUCCGACUUCAACAAGGAGAACACCGAGAAGAUCCAAGCUAUGGAGAAAUUGCACAACUUACAACGAGAACUCGAUAAAGAUAAAGGUCGUCUUCAAGGCUAUGGCCAUCAGGAUCAGCCAAGAAAACCUGCAUCGAAGUUUGACGAUGUGGUCAAAUCCUCAAAGGUGAAAGGCCCAAAGCAGGAGGUGUACAAACCACCCAGUGACAGAGUCAAGCCACACAAACCACAUCGCAAAUCUGAGCAGAAGCCGGCGGCCAAGGAUAAUGAAAUGACUGUUGUCCAAAUGGGUGGAAAAACAACAUGCAAGCUAACCCAACCAACAGCUGUCAUUAUCCAUACCGAACCAGAAGGUCAAAGGUUGCAAAUCAAUCUUCUGGAGCUAGGAGGUAGGAAGCAGAAAUCGGGCAAAAAACGGCACGAAAUGGAACCUUUCAUCUGUCCCAGAUGUCAGCGACUGUACAAAGGCAAUGAAUGGGAAUCUUACGAGCACCAUGUUACCCUGUGUAACGUGUGAUAAGUGUGACAAUGACUUGAAGAUGUCUGGUCAGCCAGUCGUGCACCACAGAUUAGCUUCAGAGGAUAUAGGCCUCCAUAGCAUGUACGUGAAAAUUAGGAAGCCACUUUGUUCUUACUAAAAUGCAACCGUCAUUUCUUUCACUUAUUGUGAAACUAAAUAAAAGUGGGAUACAAAAAAUAAAGUCUGUAGGCCCAUUAGUUGUAAAUAUGUGUGCAUUUUCUUUUGCAUGCGCAAAAUCAGACUUACCAAAACUAUUAAACACAGCAUUAUGUAUGU